AUGCUUGAAGAAGAAAAAUUGCAGCGUGAAGACAGAAAGCGGAGGGAGCUCUUGGAGCAAGGAUACGAGCAAUACCGUCACAUCAACUUCAAUAGAGGACGUAACACUGUGCCUGUCGAUCUUUUCUUUAACGUCAACCCCGAAAUACGUCUUGAGCAGUUCAAGCCUAAGCCUGAAUCACAUGCUCCAUUUGCCAUUGCGCGAGGCUACAAAACUUUACACGGAAACGAUGUCAAAAUACUGCGCCUAACCGAUGAAACGACCUCUGAGCCAGGAAGCGGAGAACUACCUCAGAAAGUUAUUCUCGUAGACGAAGUCUCCGAUCAACAUUUUCAAGAUGAUUUAGAAAUCAUAAAUGACAUAGACCCAGACCUGCAGCCGAACCCUGCAGAAACGUACCCUAAAGAGAUUCCAAGAAUUCCUGAUGAAAUGCAACAGGGUGCUUCUUGGCUUCAAAUGCCAUCAAUCAAUAGCGUCGAUAGUCUGAUCGAACAGCGGGAAGAGAAAGAAAAAGGUGGUAGGAAGACCUCGGAAAUCCCUUUACUUGUUUAUGAAACAACGCCAAGUCCCGUCAACAUCGAAACUUCCGAGAACAUAACCUUAUCCUCAGUCUUGAAUCUCACAACGAACAGUACAGCGACGAACAUGUUCACAGUGCGUCCUGAGUUUGCAACUCCAUUGCUUUCUGUUAUCAGCGAUCUCGUCCGAGACGAGUACGACUGGGAAGACAAAGGAGAAUGGAGAUCGGGAAAAAGCCCGGCUUCAAAAAAGAGAUCUUCGGGUAUUCUUGGAUGGAGAGGCGUAUUUCGAAAACAUAAGAGGAUGGGCGUGCAGCAACAUCAAGAAUUUCCUCGAGGAGACAUGCUCAACGAAAAAAAAUUUGCGGUCCUAAACCCAGUUCGUGAAAAAGAGCAACCAUUAACUCAAAAUUCGAGGUAA